UCGGUACACUGUCGGUUCACUGAGCAUCAUCCUUCCAUCAUAUUAAAAAACGCGCACAUCUUGCUGCAGCUCUGGCAUUGCGUUCUGCAACUACACCCCGCGGGAGCUUCCCCCUUGACAACCACUGGACAUUCGGUUUUUUGCUGAUUUUUUAUUGGGCAGCGGGGGAGAAGAUGAGCUUGAAGAAGAAACAGGCGACGAGGACACGUGUCGGGAACUACGAGCUGGGUAAGACCCUGGGUGAGGGUUCCUUUGCCAAGGUCAAGUUCGCCACUAACGUCAACACUGGUGACUGCGUUGCCAUCAAAAUCCUCGACCGCAACCAAGUCCUCCGUCACAAGAUGGUCGAACAUCUAAAAAGAGAAAUUUCGAUAAUGAAGCUGAUCAAGCAUCCAAAUGUUGUUAAACUUUUUGAGGUUAUGGCAAGCAAAUCAAAGAUCUACAUCGUUCUUGAAUUUGUUGGUGGUGGCGAGCUCUUUGACCAAAUAGCCAAGCAUAGGAGACUUAAAGAGGAUGAGGCCAGGAGAUAUUUCCAACAGCUCAUUAAUGCUGUGGAUUACUGCCACAGUAGAGGCGUGUACCACAGAGAUUUGAAGCCUGAGAAUCUUCUUCUAGACUCAUAUGGUGUCCUUAAAGUUUCAGAUUUUGGAUUGAGUGCGAUCUCACAGCAUGUACGGGAGGAUGGGCUGCUUCAUACUACCUGUGGUACCCCCAAUUAUGUUGCUCCCGAGGUGCUAAAUGAUAAAGGUUAUGAUGGUACAGCAUUUGAUAUUUGGUCUUGUGGGGUCAUUCUCUUUGUUCUUAUGGCUGGGUACUUGCCUUUCGAUGAACCAAAUCUCGCUGUUUUGUAUAAAAAAAUUUGCAAGGCUGACUUCACAUGCCCAUCAUAUUUUUCAAUUGGUGCAAAGAAACUGAUAAAGCGUAUUCUUGAUCCAAACCCUCUUACUCGGAUAACAAUUCCUGAAAUCUUGGAAGAUGAAUGGUUUAAGAAAGGGUACAAGGCAGCAUACUCUGAGGAGCAGCAGAAUGUAAAUCUUGAUGAUGUAGAUGCUGUAUUCAAUGACUCAGAGGAACAUCUUGUUACAGAAAGAAAGGAGAGACCUGUAUCCAUGAAUGCCUUUGAGCUUAUAUCUAUGUCCCGGGGUUUUAGUCUUGAAAAUUUGUUCGAGAAGCAGACGGGUCUUGUGAAACGAGAAACCCGUUUCACUUCCCAGCAUCCUGCAAAUGAAAUCAUGUCUAAAAUUGAGGAAGCUGCAAAGCCUCUUGGCUUUAAUGUACACAAGAGAAACUACAAGAUGAAGUUACAAGGUGACAAAACUGGAAGAAAAGGCCACCUCGCUGUUGCAACUGAGGUGUUUGAGGUGGCUCCUUCCUUGCACAUGGUAGAGCUUCGGAAAACUGGCGGUGACACAUUGGAGUUUCACAAGUUCUACAAAAGUUUCUCGUCUGGAUUAAAAGACAUAAUGUGGACCAGCGAAGAAUAUACUGAUGGACUGAAAAAUUGCAUUUGUAGACAAAGUAGCAGACCAUCCACUUUUGGAGAAACUAGCAGCACGCGUCCGCUACUUUGAAUGGGUUCUUGGAAAGCAGUACUAAAGAAUCACAAGCCAUGGGAAAUAGGAUUGAAAGUAAACAAAACUACUCAACAAAUUGCUUAGUCAAACUCAAAUUCGACUUGAUUCGAUUCAUUUAUUAAAAGAAGUGGUCAUGAACACAUUAUUAUAAUUGAAUAUUAAACAAUAGAACGCCUAUAAAACAAGGCAGGGAUCAUAUAAACUUGAAUAAUAUUGGUGAUAGUAUUAUUUUUAUAUCUAUAAUGAGAAUUUGUUACCUAUAUAAUUCUUGAA